CAGCACGUGUGCUGCGCUCGUACGGAUCGUACGAGCCACCCCCGUAUAUUACAUAUUUCUGCGUGCACGUUCAGAGAUCCAGGUUCCAGGUUGGAUUUUGGUCGCGAACGAUCAAUUCCUCGCGAUAUAUCGAAAAGGAGAGAGCACGGUCUCGAUAAUCGAUAUAUAUAUAUCUCGAUUCGAUAUUCUUCGUCUUGGAUCGAAUCGAUUCGAUCUGUGGAGAAAAGUGCAUAUGGGGAACGCGAUCUAUUUGGAAUCAUCAACGAUCGAUAAAUACGCGUAAUAUUCGGAAAUAAGCUGAAUAUCGAUCUCGCCGGUUAGAGAGAUCGAUCGAUCGAUCUUCGUACUAUCUCGGUUUGUUUCGAUUUGAUCCGGUGUUGUUCGUUGAGAGGAAAAGUUGCGUGCGGGAUUUUGUAACAGUGUUUGGGACACGUGAGAGUGGACUGUAGCAGUCUGAACAUCACGCCGUCACGUGCUUUCGUGAAAAUUGUACCAAAGUGCACCAUCGUGUGACGAUACCACGUUGCCUAUUCCGGAUUCAUCGUGCUACUCUCUGAGAACGGUGAUUGGGAGGACAGCGUCGGCCGACGGCAGCUUUUGUGACCGGAAGUGCCUAAAGGCCCGAAGAUUCUGCCUUCGCAGCAGCUGGGCGCUGCGGUCGCUCCAUGGCCGGGCGCCACCGGCCUCCUAGCCUCUGUCACCGCUGACGACAUGGCACACAAAGGUCACAGUGGCGUGAAUCAGCUCGGGGGUGUGUUCGUCGGCGGUAGACCGCUUCCAGACUCGACCAGGCAAAAGAUCGUCGAGUUGGCUCAUUCCGGCGCGAGGCCCUGCGACAUCUCCAGGAUACUGCAGGUUAGCAAUGGCUGCGUCUCCAAGAUCCUUGGAAGGUACUACGAAACCGGGUCGAUCAGGCCCAGAGCCAUCGGUGGCAGCAAGCCCCGCGUCGCCACCGCCGAGGUCGUGAGCAAGAUUUCCCUCUACAAGAGCGAGUGCCCUUCCAUCUUCGCGUGGGAGAUCAGAGACCGCUUGCUCCAAGAAGGCGUAUGCACGAACGACAACAUUCCCAGUGUGUCGUCCAUCAACAGGGUGUUGAGAAAUUUGGCGGCGCAGAAGGAGCAACGGCAGCAACAGCAGCAGCAGCAGCAAGGUGUGGCCGCUGUUGGAGUCGGGGUAGGUGCUGGUAGCCCGGCCGAGAGCGUUUACGAUAAAUUGAGAUUGCUCAAUGGGCAAACCACUGGAUGGCCACGACCCAAUCCAUGGUAUCCAUCUGGAGCUGGCAGCCCAUUUCCAUCCCUGCAACCCAGUUUGAGCCCGAGUCAUUGUACGGCCUUGCCACCGGAUCCUGCGGACAUUCUGCACGCAAAGAAGGUAGCGGAACUGGAGGGCGGUGCACACUCGGACGAGACGAACAGCGGCGGUGACAACAGCAACGCAGGGAGCGUGUCCGGGGGCACGGACGAUGAUCAGGCGCGUCUUCGCUUAAAAAGGAAGCUUCAAAGGAAUCGCACGAGUUUCAGUAACGAGCAAAUAGACGCGCUCGAGAAGGAAUUCGAGAGGACGCAUUAUCCAGACGUUUUCGCAAGAGAGAGAUUGGCCGGAAAGAUUGGUCUGCCUGAAGCUCGAAUACAGGUAUGGUUUUCGAAUCGGCGGGCGAAGUGGCGGCGCGAAGAGAAAUUGCGCACGCAACGGAGGGACAACCCGCAACACCAGCAGUCGCAGCAGCAGCAACAGCAGCAACAACAGCAGCAGCAGCAACAGCAGCAACAGUCCCAACAGCAGCAGCAGCAGCAGCAGCAGCACGCCGGAGGGGUGAGUCUGGUCACCGCUGGUCAUCCGACACCACCACCGGCCUCGGGUAUUUUGGCUGGUCAACCACCGCCGCAAGCGCCGCCCUCUCCACCUAGGAUACAUCAUGGUUUCGCGCCCACCGCCGUUUACCCCGGAAUACCCAGCAUGCCUGAUUCGUACAGUCCCAUGACGUCCAUGCCGAGUUUCACGAUGUCCGGCGGUGGCCAGCAGAACCAGCACACGACGAGCAGCAUGUCAUCGUUGUCGACGGGCGGUGGGAUGGGGCCGAUGGGUAUGACCGUGGGCAUGACGGUGGGCCCUAGCCCGGGCGCGUGUCUCCAGCAACGCGACAACGGUUAUUCGUGCGGCGUCGCCCGUCCACCGAGUUACGAGCCUCUUCACCUCGGAUACGGGGCACGGCCCACGUGCAGCCCCACUCAGCCAUACCACACCGCGGGCCUGAACCAGUAUAAUCAGAACACCAGCUCGACCGGUUUGAUAUCGCCAGGUGUCAGCGUACCGAUCGCAGUACCAGGCCAACCAGCACCAGACAUGGCGGCCCAAUACUGGUCACCGAGGCUGCAGUGACCGUGGUGGUCAUCGGUGUCGACAUCCUCUCCGUAGGCUCGAGCUUUGACUUAUAUUAGUCUUAACAAACGAGAUUAGAUACGUGGGAACGCAAGGAGAAGACGUUCGAAAUCGAUGAAAAGAACAGCCAUUGCAAUUCGUUCGAUGGAAUCGAUUCGAUACUUUUGUCCUCGACGAUUAUCGAUUGCCUUCGAUUAUCGAUCCAAGGCGGUCUCGUAAAAAUCGUUCGAAGAACGUGCAAAAAAGAAGAAUGGAGAAUAAUGAGGAUGUUAGUGGAACUUGUAAAAUAAACGUCACAAAUGACGCAAAAUUUAUCGUAUGGAAAAAAAAGAAUAAGUUUUGCUCGCUAAGAACGUUUUUUUCGCGCGAGAUUGAGAACUUUUGUAAAUUAAUAGGCGUGUACGGUUAAUGCAGACAUAUUAAGUUCAAGAUUUUAAGACUCGUACACGCCUAAGGUGUGAUGAAAAGAUACACUCUUGCCUCCAACGGACACACAAGAAGAACAACUUCGUCGUAAACUUGCGUAUCAUCGACGUUGCAAGAGGAGAACUAAUUAAAUUGUUCAGAAAAUGCACAUAAUCAAACAAAUGAUAAAUGUAUGCAGUUUUGUCUCGAAAGAAGCCUCAUUUUUAUCUUGUACAUCGCGAGUUACGAUGAAGAUCAUUUAGCAAUGGAUCAAAAUGAAAUCUAGUUCUCCAUGGUGAUUUAUGACGACACCAUAGGAGAAAUUUCUUUGUAAUGAAGCUACUAGGUAUCGAAAUUUUUUAAUAUGUCGUUAGCAUGAUUUAUUAUGUAACGAAUUGUUUUCGUUUCGAUUCGUAAUUAUAUAAUUAUAUAAUAAUAGGCAUAAAGUAUCGGUGUAAUACCUUAUCAUCGACCAGUGAAAAUAAUUUAAUUGUUAGAAAUCAUCGAGGCAUCCGUUCACCAUGAACGUUGAAAAUGUUUUGUUAAAAGCGGCAAUAUGAUACAAUUUUUGCGAAUAAAUUAUGAAAAAUUGAAAAUGUAUUGGAAUAGACACGUAUCGUUUCACGUUCAAACCUUAUAUUGUAAAUAUUUUUCAAUCGUUUAUUAGAGCUAUAUAUCUAUACUUAGGAUAUUGGGAAAGUUUUGUUUUUAAAAAGAUCU